AUGGGUCCAUUUACAAGCGUGACAGUAUUUGUGGCCUGGUGCCAUUGGGCUUGCAUUGCCGCCGCUCAAGCUGAGUUUCCUAGUUGCGCCAGCAAUUGCUAUACUGGUUUAGUUAGCAGCAGCUCAUCACCUACAACAAACUGCAACAGUUUCGAUUACAAGUGUAUCUGUCAAGAUGAGGAUUACCUCGAAGAGCAGAUAUGUUGUUUACACAAGGAAUGUUCCGACGGAGAUCGCGAGGCUGCUGAGGGCUAUGCAAGAUCUGUCUGCCAAGCUGUUGGUGUGACUUUAGGUCACAACCUGACUUGUUCCACUCUAUCGGCAUCAGCUUCAAGCACAGCUACAGAGGUUUCAGGAGGCAGCACCAAGACCGAUACUGCAGACUCCUCCGCAUCGCUAGACUUAUCCUCUGGCAAUAGCGGAAGCGGGGAUGAAAGCUCAAAGACUCACAUAGCUCACCAAACAUCGCAACAUAGAAUUAAAACUGGAUUGGGCGCGGGCCUGGGAGCAGGGAUACCUAUCCUGGGUGCCAUUAUAGGUGCCAUUACCUGGUAUUUAAAGAGGAAGAAACGCCAGUCUCUUACACAGACACCACAAGCCAACGCAACAGCUCAGCCUCCAUUUGAUCCCGCGGCCCCAACUCAAGAAGUUCAAUAUGUUCACGAGGCACCUGGUACUUCAUUUUACCCUAUGCCACAAACACAUACUCAGACUACAGCACAUCCGCAGCAGCCAGUAUUUGAAGCAUACGGGUCGCCUGUGAACAAUGGAGAAGGCCUAAACAGCGUCACAAAGCUUCCUACUGCUCAUGAACUGCCAGUAGGAAGGACAUGA